AUGCCGCUGGAGCUGUUUCUGGACCUGUACUCUCCCCCCUGCCGUGCCAUUUACAUUUUCGCCAAGAAGAAUGGCAUUCCCUUUGAGUUUCGGCCUGUGGAGCUGGGACGAGGGGAGCACCUGAAGCCUGAAUUCUUGAAGGUGAACCCCCUGGGGAAGGUGCCUGCCCUGAGGGAUGGAGACUUCCUGUUGGCGGAGAGUGUGGCCAUCCUUUUAUACUUGAGCCGCAAGUACCAGACGGCGCCAUACUGGUAUCCACCUGACCUGCAGGCCCGCGCCCGAGUCGACGAGUACCUGGCGUGGCAGCACACGGCCAUCCAGCUGCCUGCCACCAACGUCUACCUGUGUAAGUCCCUCCUGCCCCACUUCUCGGGGAAGCCUGUGGACACCGUGCGCCUAGACCGGCUGUUGGGGAAGCUGAAACCAGCCCUGCAGCACCUGGAUCAGGAGGUCCUGGCGGCCAAACCCUUCCUGGCUACCGAGCAGGUCUCCCUAGCAGAUCUGAUGGCAUUCACGGAGCUGAUGCAGCCCACUGCUGUUGGCUGCGACCUCUUCCGAGACUGGCCCCGGCUGGCAGCCUGGCGAGCCCGAGUAGAGGCUGCCCUGGGCCCUGAGCUUGUCCAAGAUGCGCACAAGCUUGUGCUACAGCCGCGGGACCCCAGAGACGCCCAGCAGGACCCCCGGCUGGCACAGGAGCUGGUGCAUCGGCUGCAGGAGCGGCUCAGUUGA